UAAUAUAAAUAAUAUACAUAAUAUAAAUAAUAACAACAUAAUUUAUAAUAACAAUCAGCAUCAUUUUAACCAUGAGAAUAAUAUUCAUUAUAAUCAUCACAUUCAUAAUAAUGAUGCUAGAGGCAACAGGAUCCCCUUUCAAAAUAGUAUUUCAGAAGAAAAAGAUAUAAAUAAUACAGCUCUUCAUAACUCUUUAAACGUAAAAAGAAUUAUAAAAGAUUAUAAUAGCAUGCAUAAUAGAAAUUAUGAAGGAGAAAAUAUAUUUGAAAAUAUGUCUAACAGGAACAUGAAUAAUAACAAUCAGGAUAUAACGGACACUCGUGAUAAUGAUAGAAGAAAAAAUAACAACAAUAAUAAUAACAAUAAUAAUAAUAAUAAUAAUAAUAAUAAUAAUAAUAAUAACAAUAAUAAUUAUUAUUAUUAUAAUAAUUUAUGUAAAUCCUAUAAUGUGGAUAAGACAAAUAAUGAAGACAUCAUAAAUAAUAACCAGCAUAUGUUUUAUUCAAUGAAGAGUAGAUCAUCUUGUGAUUUAUUAAACAAGACACCCACACAAAAUGAAAUAAGAGAAGGGAAUUAUAAAAAAGAAAGAAUUUAUUCUGAGAAACCUUUAGAUAUUAUGAACUCAAACGAACUUGAAAAAAAAGAUAAGGACAGGGAUAUACAAUGUUAUAAUAAUGGACAUGAAGAAGAAGGAUUAAUAUCUUCAUCCUCUCCUUAUAGUUAUGAUAAUACAAAUGAAGAUGAUGUAAAUGUUCAACUAGCUAUUAUCAACAGUUUGAUUGAUAUGUAA